UAAACCACUGGCAAGGUGUCUGGGGUCAGGCAGCAGCUUUCCCUUCCCAGGAACGUCUGUCACUGGGUCUUUAUGGGGACACCCUGCAUCUCCUGAAAUCCCAAUUGCCACCUAGGUAUGAGACAACUUCAAGUGAUGAUUCCAGCUCGGAUGGAAGCUCUUCUUCCGAGUCAGAUGACGAGUGUGACACCAUUGGGUUUCCUCCUGAGGAAGAAGAGGAGGAAGAGGAGGAGGAGGAGGACGACAACACUCGGGGAAUGGCGGAAGGGCAUCACGCAGUUAAUAUUGAAGGUUUCAAGUCUGCCAGGGUGGAAGAUGAAGUGCAGGUUCCAGAAUGUGAACCUGAGAAGGAAGAAAUCAGAGAGAGGUAUGAAUUAAGUGAAAAGAUGUUGUCUGCCUGCAACUUAUUGAAAUAUAACAUAAAUGACCCCAAAGCGUUGGCCAGCAAAGAUAUGAGGAUCUGUCUGAACACCCUCCAGCAUGAGUGGUUCCGAGUGUCCAGUCAGAAGUCCGCUGUGCCGGCCAUGGUGGGUGACUACAUCGCCGCGUUCGAGGCUAUCUCCCCAGACGUGCUCCGGUACAUCAUCAACAUGGCGGAUGGCAAUGGGAACACCGCCCUCCACUACAGUGUGUCCCACUCCAACUUCCAGAUUGUCAAGCUGCUUCCAACUUCCAGAUUAGAUUUCUUUCUUGUAGACGUGUGUAAUGUCGAUCACCAGAACAAGGCAGGGUACACGCCUAUCAUGUUGGCUGCCCUCGCGGCCGUGGAGGCAGAGAAGGACAUGCAGGUUGUAGAAGAACUCUUCAGCUGUGGAGACGUGAACGCCAAGGCCAGUCAGGCAGGACAGACAGCCCUCAUGCUGGCUGUCAGUCAUGGACGGAUAGACAUGGUGAAGGGCCUCCUGGCCUGUGGGGCUGACGUCAACAUCCAGGACGACGAGGGCUCCACUGCCCUCAUGUGUGCCAGUGAACAUGGGCAUGUGGAGAUUGUGAAGCUGCUGCUGGCCCAGCCGGGCUGCAAUGGCCACCUGGAGGACAAUGAUGGCAGCACCGCUCUCUCCAUAGCCCUGGAAGCUGGACACAAGGACAUUGCCGUUCUUCUGUAUGCCCACCUCAACUUCUCGAAAGCCCAGUCUCCGGGCACCCCGAGGCUUGGACGAAAGACAUCUCCUGGUCCCACUCACCGAGGUUCUUUUGACUGAUUAUGUAAACACGGCCCUCAUGUGUACCACCAUGAAGCUGCUAGUUAUUCCUGUUGGGGUGACAGAUACUGAAUGUAUAUGGACCAUGCCAAGCUGACCAGCAAAACAGAAGUGUAAAGGAGCAGGCUGAAGGCUGAUGCUUUUUCAGGGAAAGCAAAGCUACUGGGAAAUGGCUAAGCUAGGUGCAGGCCACCUCUCUAGCCCUCCGCUCUUGUAGGGUUUAGACCCGCCUCUGUGGCUGCUGCUGCUCUGGCUCCGUUAUUUGCAGUGGUAGGUAAUGGUAGGCUGGCCUGACCCGGCCAUUUCUACCAUGGAAGCAAAUGUCAGAUUCUCUCUGGCAUUGUAGUUUCGAAUUUUUCCACAAGUACUUAAUAACUUACUAAGUGUGGAGCGGUUGGGAAGCCCGUCCAGUAUUCCAUUCCAGGGUGCUUCUGUUCACUUCUCUUUUGUCUUUUAAAAUAAGAACCUUGAGGGAGAGGACUUUGAUUAUCAGCAACUUGCACCUCCCCCCUCCCCAGGCUGACAAAUUUCCUGCUUAAAAAUAGAAGAUGGAACUCUCGAACCAUAUAAACUUACAGCAAGAAAUAUUUUCAGUUGGUUUAUCUAGGUGGAUGUAUUAUAUGGCUUUUUAUAUAAAAGACUUCUAUUAUAUGAAAUUGACAACAGUAUUUUCAACUUUUAUAUUCCACAGUACAGUCAUAAAGAGCUAAUGUUACGUUUUAAGCUACUGCCCAACCAUGUCUAUAUCUGGUGAUAACGGUUUGAAUUAGGUUAGAGGGUUGGGUUCCAGAUUUGCGUCUACGGAGGCAGAGUGUAGCUCUCUGUGUAUUUCCAUCAUGCCGCGUUUACUUUGGUCCUGUAUAUGUAUUUAAAUGUUUGAAGUGCCUUAGACUCUUGCCAUAUUUUCAAAAUAAAAUUUCAUUAAGCUCUGUC